AGUGACAAAGAGAGGUGACGAAGGGAGGGUUAAAGAGGAGGAGAGGUGACCUCAACGAGGUAGUACGAUAGCAUUCAAACACAUCGGACCAUAGAAGAGAGCAGCCGGACAAAUCUACUGACAGAAAGACAGAAGUGUCCUAAAAAAAAACAAGUGCUCAAGAGGCUGCAUUACUAUUAUAAACAGUAUUGUCCUCCAGUUGUCAGAAGUGAGCGUGUGUCAGAUGAUGGCACCGCAGGUCGUCAGCUCACCCUUCCUGAAGCCGUUCUUUCUGAAGACGCCGCUAAGCACUGCCAGGUCCCGACACCAGCGACGACACACGUUACCUGCUAGCGAGUUCCGUAAUCUCACCCCACAGGAUGCCAUUAGUGUAUUUGAGAUCGAGAGAGAAGCAUUUGUCUCUGUUUCCGGUGAAUGUCCACUCACCCUUGAUGAGGUGCUUAGUUUCCUGGGCCAGUGUCCUGAGCUCUCUUUGGGAUGGUUUGAAGAGGGCCAGCUGGUGGCCUUCAUCAUUGGAUCUGGCUGGGACAAAGAGAAACUAGAACAGGAGGCCUUGAACACACACGUCCCAGGCUCUCCCACAGUACACAUCCACGUGCUGUCAGUGCACCGCCACUGUCGGCAGCAGGGCAAAGGCUCCAUCUUGCUUUGGCGUUACCUGCAGUACCUGCGCUGUCUCCCAGGCCUGCGCAGGGCCCUGCUGGUCUGUGAGGAGUUCCUGGUGCCCUUCUACCAGAAAGCUGGUUUCAAGGAGAAGGGUCAAUCUGCCAUCACUGUGGGGGCCUUGGCCUUCAGAGAGAUGGAGUAUCAGCUCGGAGGCCUGGCUUACGCACGACGAAACAGCGGAUGUUAAGUUUCUUUAGCUUACAGCACAUCCAAUCCUGAUGAAGGACUUCGUGUGUAGUUUCUGGAUGGAUCUCGGCAAUCACAGGUUCAGAGGUUCACCUUGUCAAGGACUCAAAGCCCGAAUACCACCUGAGCAAAGAGCCAGAGACUUACCUAUGCACUUAUUUAAAGAGAUUGGAGAUCUUACAUUCGAGCAUAUGAAGGCUAAAUGCAUACAGAUGUUGGUUGUUUACUGCAUUUUUUUUUUUCUUGUGAACUGCCCAAAAUACACUGCACACUUUACUGGUCAAAAAACUGUAGUUGAUUUUAACAAUUAAUAAUAAUAAAACAAACUUUAUUUUGGGGGGUUACCAUAUUCAUAAUUUUGUUUGAUCAAUAAAAAAAAUUAAAGAAUCUUUAACAUUUAACAUAAAUAAUAUUCUAAUGGUACAAAAUUCAACCAUUCAAAAAGUGAAGUCAGAAUCUUUCUUCUGGAAAAUAUAAAAUUUAAUUGAAAAUUUGACAAAUCAUUUUAUUUUUUUAAUAAUAUUCCAUCCCUUGGACUGCAAGUGGACAAUGUUGAAUACUGUUUUAGAAUAAAAUCUUCCUUAUAUAUUACUGCAUAUGUGACAAUGUGUUUUGAAAUGCAAACUAUGUAUACAGUGAAUGAACUGAUGUAAACUUUAGUAUAUCCAUAAACAUUCU